UACACUAACAGUGGCUGUUCGGUAAUUUGCACCUAGUCUUAGUUUAGUCUUGUGGUAUCACUUUUUACAAGAGGAGAUAUUUGUUCAAUCUUGUAACUUUGCAGUAGAAUUGUAAUCAGUUAUGGACCUUCAAGAAGUGAUGAACACCACCAUACAUCCAUCUUGUUUACAGGAACCCCCACUUGCUUUUGAUGUCAUAAAGCAGCUGGAUGUUUUCGGGCUGGCCCUGUACUCCAUGCUGACCCUAAUGUCUACUGUAUCCUUGGGCCUGUACCUGGAGGAGUGUGUGUUCAUAUACAGAAAGACCCCCUAUCCUAAAAAGACAACCGUCAUCUGGGUCAAUGGUGCUGCACCGGUCAUAGCAACCAUGUCUUGUUUUGGGAUGUGGAUCCCAAAAGCUGUCAUGUUCACAGAUAUGGUCUCUAACUGUUACUUUGCUGUGGUGGUUUAUAAGUUUCUGGUGCUUCUGAUUGAAGAGUGUGGGGGUACUGAGGCCUUCCUCAGACGGUGUGAGACGACAACCUUCAGGAUCAACACAGGGCCCUGCUGCUGCUGCUGCCCCUGCCUGCCCCACGUGGCUGUCACACGGAGAAUGUUAUUCUUGCUAAAACUAGGAUCUCUGCAGUACGCCAUCCUAAAGACAAUCCUUUCAGUCCUGUCUGUAAUAUUGUGGACCAAUGGGAAUUUCGAUCAAUCUGAUCUGGAGAUCACUAGCACAGCUAUCUGGAUAAACCCGUUUGUGGGUGUUCUCACAAUUACUGCCCUCUGGCCUGUGGCCAUUAUUUUCAUGAACAUAUGCAACACACUGCGCAUCUUGAAGAUCAUCCCUAAGUAUGCAAUGUACCAGCUGGUGCUAGUGCUCAGUCAGCUGCAGACAUCCAUUAUCAACAUCUUGGCUUUGGACGGAACAAUUGCCUGUGCUCCCCCUUUCUCUUCUCAAGCCCGUGCAUCCAUGUUAAGUCAACAGCUGAUGAUCAUGGAAAUGUUUAUUGUGACAUUGGUGACCCGAAUAUUGUACCGCCGCACCUAUGACCCGCUGCCGACUGACCCCCAUGAGACUGACAAUGACCUGAAUUCCAAGAAGAGUCUGCAGCCUAUCUUGAGCCAUACACAGCAUGCUGUGUAAGAGUCUGCAGGCUAUCUUGAGCCCUACAUAGCCUGCUGUGUGCUGAUACCUCACUUUCAUGUACUGGGACUUUUC